AUGUCCUUAUCCCGACGAGCCCCGCGCCGCACGUUCUUCGGUAUCCUGCAGAAGCCCCCGAGACAGGUCAAGAAGCCAGAGUAUGAGCCUGGGUGGACGGCAAUCCUGACGUGGAGGAAUCGCCUCUUGGAAAGCGUACGACCGCCGACGAGAACAGAACUGGUCGAGGCGUUUCGGGACCUGUUCGUCUACAAAUUGCGCUACAACAUUGUCGUUAACAGCACCCAAGCAUUGCACUGCCGAAACCUGUUGAAGUAUCUGGUUGAAAACAAGGAUGACGAACCAGGACCAGGGUUGACAUUGACGGAUUUAACAGCUGUCAGGGAUGCGCUGUUAAAGUUACCAAAGGAAGAUACCAAAGACCACUUGGAGUUCUCCAGGCUCUUAUACGAUGUGAUUAAGGCGGAAAGGGCAUUGGAUCCGACGGAUCCUGGUGCCGCGGAAGACUUCGAAUCAUAUCUCGUCGCUCUGACGUUGUUCGGCGCAUCAACCGAAGCUUUUUCUACUCUGCAGGAACACUGGACCCGGCUAUCAAAGGCGGAGCGAUUGGAUGGCCAGAACCUUUGGGUCAAUGUCUUGCAAGGUCUGGCGGAAGAAGGGCGCGAAACAGAGCUAGUCGCCGCUGUCACAAAGGCUGAAGAGCUCGGUGUGCCUUUCAUGUCAAGCUUUCACGAGGUCAUGACAACAUUCUAUGCGAAGAAGGACAACGUUUUGGAAACGAAAAAGUGGUUUUUGAAACCCGCUCCGAACGACAAACAGCCGAGCCCUAGGGCAUUCAAGGAGAUUUUGCACUUCUCAGUCAGGAACAACCAACGUGGAUGGACUGCGCCGAUCUUCAAACGGCUUGUCGACGCGAAUCCGAGCAAAGAGCACUGGGACGUUAUCUAUCAGUGGGCGGUACUAUCGAUGGGAAAGGGCCUCGAUGAUAUCAAAGGCAUGUUCGAGGUUGUUGCUCGCCACAACCCGGAUGACAGCUCUUAUCUGCCAGAUACACAAACCAUCAACGGUCUCCUGGAGGUUGCGAUCGAGAAAAACGACCCGUACCUGGCGGAUAGGCUCGUUUCGUUCUCCAGCGAGCUCGGCAUCCGACCUGAUGCAAAGACUUAUCUUCUUCAGAUGGACUUCAAGAUCCGGGCCAAAGAUUUGGCUGGGGCAAGGACGGCAUAUAUGCAGCUCCCAAAGACGGAGCUCAACGGAGAGGAUGAUCUGCCUCUGAUCAACAAAUACCUCCAGGCGUUGUGCUACCAAACAAAAGUAGACUUCAAAGCGAUACGCGAGAUGUUGGAUAUUCUAGAGGACCGUAUCGUGACACUGGAUCCCGAGACAGUGGUUGCGUUAUGCACAGUUUUUCUCAAAAACGACCAACAGUUCGAGAUCAUCGACACCUUGUCUCUCAACGUGUUCCAACACAGCAACGAACAACGACGAUCUGUCAGAGACGCCUUUGUGGCGUACUGUUUAGACAGGAAGAACAGCACUGCAAGAGUUUGGGACGCUUAUUCCAUCUUGCGGCAAUUCUUCUUGGAAACCAGUGUUGAGAGCCGUGUCAAGCUCAUGAACGCCUUCUUCGACCGUAAUCGAGCCGAUAUGGCAGUUCACGUCUUCGGCCACAUGCGUCAGCAUGUUAACCCAACAUUCCACCCCACCAGCGACGAAUAUGUGCAAUGCCUUGAGGGCAUGGGCCGCUGUCCUGAUCUGGACAGCCUGAAGCUGGUUCACAACAUGUUGAAGAUGGAUACUAAGAUUCAACCAAGCACCAAGCUGUUUAAUGCAUUGAUGAUUGCAUACGGAGCAUGCCAAAAGCCAAGUCUUGGACUUGAGUUUUGGCAAGACAUUGUUCGAUCGGCAGAAGGCCCGUCCUAUAACAGUCUCGAGAUUGUGUUUUACCUUUGCGAAAUCAAAGCCUUUGGCGACCAGAUGGCCCGAGACAUCUGGAAGAAGAUUGAAAAGAUGGAGAUCGACAUCCCUCCAGCGGUAUUCGCUGCAUACUGUGGAGGCCUCGCAGGCAACGGCAACUUGCAGGAGGUGCAGAGCACAAUCAGAACCAUGAAGCGAGCUGUAGGUUAUGGGCCUGAUGCAAUGACAUUGGGCAUCCCUUUCAAUGCUUUGCCCGGCCAGAGGCUACAGCGUGACUUCGAGGCAUGGGCUAAGAAGCAGUUCCCGGAAGAGUGGGCAGAGGUGGAGAGAUUCCGCUACUACCAUACGGCGGAGAAGUUAAAGAAGUUCAAGCUGCAGCGGGUGCUGAAGGCAUGA